AUGUCAGUGGUUGCCAUUAAAAAUGUGGUGGCAUCAUUAUUAACUAAAUCCAAUGCCAAUGAACCAUCAAAUCAAUUAUUAUCCAAUAACAACAAUAGUCAAAAUCCUUAUGGUUCUACUUCAGAUACCCUUAGUCCAAACGAUAGAGGUGAUCAAAUAGGUCAUGAUGAAGCUUUUAUUCAAAAUGCUGUAUCAUCAGCCGCAUCCUCUAUAUUAGAUAAUGAAAAUAAAGAAACUGAAGAAGAAGGUUUCUUUAAUAAAUUCGAUCCAAGAGUAAUGUCGGAUAUUAUAAUUGGUUUAUCUGAUGGUUUGACUGUUCCAUUUGCUUUAACAGCUGGUUUAUCUUCAUUAGGUGAUUCUAAAUUGGUUAUUACUGGUGGUAUGGCUGAAUUAGUUUCAGGAGCUAUUUCAAUGGGAUUAGGUGGUUAUUUAGCUGCUAGAUCUGAAUCUGAAUAUUAUAAAUCUCAAGUUAAAAAAGAAAAAUUGGAAUUUUUUAAAAAACCAGAACAAGUUAAUCAAGAUGCUGCUGAAAUUAUGUUUGAAUUAGGUGCAAGUGAGACUACUAUUGCAUCAUUCUUAAGAGAUUUAGAUCUGCAACCUAAGAAUUUAAUUGAUUUCGUUAUUAGAUUUGGUAAAGGUUUAGAAGAACCUGCUGAAGGUAGAGAAUUUACUUCUGCUUUAACGAUUGGAAUAUCAUAUUUCUUAGGAGGAUUUGUACCAUUAGUACCAUAUUUCUUUACCGAUGUCGUUCGUACCGGAUUAUUAAUUUCAGUUAUAGUUAUGUUGAUUACAUUAUUUGCGUUUGGUUAUAUUAAAACUGCUAUAUCAUUAGGUGAUGAUUGUGGAUAUCAUAAAAAAGUAUUUGAAGGGGUACAAAUGGUUGCUAUUGGUUCAGUAGCUGCUGGUGCAGCAUGGACUUUAGUCUAUUUAAUUGAAUAG